AUGCAUUAUGGACCGCUUGCGUUUACCGUUAAUUAUGAAAGGCCAACAAUAAUUGCAAAAGACAAGUGGUACCAACAAACUAUGGGACACCGAAAAGGGUUAUCGUUUAAAGACGCUGAAAUGAUCAACAAAAGAUACUGCUCAGGUAAUUGGAAAUAUAUAUGCCAAGAAACUUUGGAUUGUACUCGAGGUGGUUACACAGACCCAAACGACUGCGGAAAAUGCAGAUGUCCAAGCGGUUUUGGUGGAAAACUAUGUGAAAAAGUUGAGCCUUCAAGUAUGACAACGACAAUAUCUGUAACAUAUAUCUAAGU